CGGCCGCUGCUGCGCGCUCUGCUCGGCGUAUUUAAGCGUUGAGCGCACCACCCAACCUUCGUAGUCUGUUCAGAAACACUCGUAGGUUCAGCUGUGCAGUAGCAAGAGGCUUCAGAGGAUUCGGUUAAUUUUAAAAAGAAAUUUUAAAGCAAAUUAAGUGAACGUUUUUCGAAAGUUUGGAUUUAAGUUACUACAAUCAAUCAACAAAACAAAUAAAUAAUGGCCGAUGAAGCACAAGCACCCCCACCAGCCGAGGAAGCGCCACCAGCCGAGGGUGUCGAGGGCGCGCCCGCCGAUGCGGCACCAGCUGAACCCAUUAAACACUCCUACACCCUCUUCUACUUCAAUGUGAAAGCAUUGGCUGAGCCGCUACGUUACUUAUUUGCAUACGGCGGCAUUGAGUAUGAGGAUGUGCGUGUCACGCGUGACGAGUGGCCGGCACUCAAGCCGACAAUGCCCAUGGGUCAAAUGCCUGUACUCGAGGUGGAUGGCAAACGUGUACAUCAGAGCAUUUCGAUGGCCCGCUUUUUGGCUCGUACAGUAGGCCUGAACGGCGCCACUCCGUGGGAGGAUCUACAAAUUGAUAUUGUUGUUGAUACCAUCAACGAUUUCCGUCUAAAAAUUGCAGUCGUCUCCUACGAACCGGAGGAUGACAUCAAAGAGAAGAAACUCGUAACACUCAAUACCGAAGUCAUUCCGUUCUAUUUAGAGAAAUUGGAACAGACUGUUAAGGAUAACGAAGGACAUUUCGCUUUGGGAAAGCUAACAUGGGCCGAUGUCUACUUCGCCGGUAUCAUCGACUACAUGAACUACAUGGUGAAGCGUGAUCUCUUGGAGCAAUACCCAGCGCUAAAGGCUGUCGUUGAUGAAGUCAACGCAUUGGAAUCCAUCAAAGCCUGGAUCGAAAAGAGACCCGUGACUGAAGUUUAAGCAAAAAAAAAAAAAACACCAACAAAAAACAAAAACAAAGUAUGAAGCUGCUGGUUAACAGAACAAAAACAAAUUAAUUAACAACUUGAAAACAGCUGAAAGAAAUGUUACUUCCAAAGCGAAGCGUACAGCAGAGGAGUAGUAGAGGAGGAGGAAAAAAUUACAAAAAAAAAAUAUAAAUAAAUAAAUAAAACAUUUACAAGCUACUAUUCUAAACAUCACAUAUACAUAUAAAUAAUAUUUGUAUGAAAGCCAAGCUUUUGCAACACAUACACACAUAUACAUUUUUACGGAUUUUCAUGAUAGGCAACAACAAUAACAUUUAAUAAAAACAACUUGAAAAAACAA